AAUCAGCGCUGUGCUUGGUGACAAUGAACUAUUACUAUUAUUGACUACUGCCUUGGCCAAACUUCACCUUUCCUUCCCCUGUCUGUUAGUUUUUGCUGUCUUUUGUUUGUGGCCUGGAAUUUGCCCUGUGGAUUUUGGACAAUCCAGCUUUUCUGGUUUUGACCCUGAAUGCUAUUUGCAAGGACAAGCCUACUUUCCUUGGCCUCAUCUCACCUGAAAAACCACCUCUGCUGACACCUCCCACCCUCCAGUCACAGGGAUCAGCCUGGGAUCAGCCUGCUUGAUUGGAACUGAAUUGGCCCAGGUAUUGCUGCUGAAGGAUUCUCAGAUGCUUCAGGGAAAUCGACUUCACAUAAACUGAGAAUUUAGAUACUUUAAGUGAGAGUCCACAAAUCUCCUGGGAAAAUGGUGGCUCUGUCCUUAAAGAUUUGUGUCCGCCACUGCAAUGUGGUGAAGACCAUGCAGUUUGAGCCAUCAACGGCUGUGUACGAUGCGUGUCGAGUCAUUCGAGAAAGGGUACCCGAGGCGCAAACUGGCCAAGCUUCUGACUAUGGGCUAUUUCUCUCGGAUGAAGACCCUCGGAAAGGAAUUUGGCUGGAAGCGGGCAGAACACUGGAUUACUACAUGUUGCGAAAUGGGGAUAUUUUGGAAUAUAAAAAGAAACAGAGACCUCAGAAAAUCCGGAUGCUCGAUGGAUCCGUGAAAACAGUGAUGGUGGACGACUCCAAGACAGUCGGGGAACUCCUGGUUACUAUCUGCAGCAGGAUAGGAAUUACAAACUAUGAAGAAUACUCUUUAAUCCAAGAAACAAUUGAAGAAAAGAAAGAAGAAGGGACGGGUACACUAAAAAAAGACAGGACGCUGUUACGAGACGAGAGGAAGAUGGAGAAGCUGAAGGCCAAGCUUCACACGGAUGACGACUUAAAUUGGCUGGAUCACAGCCGAACAUUCAGAGAACAAGGAGUAGAUGAAAAUGAAACACUGCUGCUUAGACGGAAGUUCUUUUACUCUGAUCAGAAUGUGGACUCGAGAGACCCCGUGCAGCUGAACUUGCUCUAUGUUCAGGCUCGGGAUGAUAUCCUGAACGGCUCCCACCCUGUCUCCUUCGAGAAAGCAUGUGAGUUUGGUGGAUUUCAAGCCCAGAUUCAAUUUGGACCUCAUGUGGAGCAUAAACACAAGCCUGGAUUCUUAGAGUAAAUGACCAUUUGGUUUUCUUUUUUCUCUUGUUUUCACUAUUUAUUUUUGAGCUUGUUAUGCAACAUACACACCUUAGUUUUGGUCAGUUGUGAGACUGUUAGCUUUUACUUGAUUCAAUAUAUGAUGACAUUUGUGGGUCUUGGAGAAAGCAAGGGGCCUAGAAAUUCAGUGUUGGGAUGAGUAUGAAGAUGGCUUGUUCCAGUUUUGGGCAGGGUAUGUUUUCCUCUGGACCACAGGGUCUGCGGUACCCCUGCAAGCUAUUGUCUAAGGCAGUGGUCCCUAGCCUUUUGGCACCUGGGGCCAGUUUCAUGGAAGAUAAUUUUCCCAGGAACAGAGUGGUGGAGG